AUGAAGGCAAGCCACAGGUGGCUCCUCCGGUCUGUACAUUUAUUAUCUCACGUUUGGCCACUGGUAGAGGCUGAGAACGUAUUCAGGACCUUUGGUAGAUACCAACCCACUCGCCGACGAAGUCAAUCACCUUUCCGUCCUCGACGCAUUUCAGGGGUAUGUUUCAAAGGCUUAGAGAUCCUUACUUUCUUGACCCAGUGUGCAAGGUCGGUCGCUUCAACAGGUGCCCUAGACAGUCUCCUCAGCAAACACAAACUUGGACCUCUUCUGCCUAAUAUUCUCGAGGCAUUAGCGUCACCCAAGUCUGAUGAUACAGUGUCCAAUGAACUCGUUGAUAUCAUUGGUUUCGAGCAUGUCGAUAUAGUGGAAAAGCUAAUGAACAAGCGCGUUUCUCUCACAGACGAGGUAUGUCAUGUAAAUGGUUCGGGUAUUAGGCCCCACCAUGUUACAGUGGGUUCCUCUGAUGAUCCGGUAGACGUUAGCCUAUCACACGCGGAUGCACGUCGACGAAUCGAGGACACGUUAAGGCAGAAUGCUACACGUCCGCUGUAUACUGGUGUUGCAGUCAGUAUAUCGUCUGCGCCAGAAGACCUGCCCCAUAUUUAUACUUCGUCAACGUCUGGAGGAAAGCUACUAUCCCAAUUCGGGACAAAAUAUGCACAACUCCAGGGAACGACGAGGAUCCAAAACGAAGAUUACGUGGAAGUUAUCUUGCCCGCUGCCAGACCUAUCCCGCCACGCACAGCCGAAAGGUCGGUUUUGAUCUCUGAGCUGGACGAAUUGGCCAAAGGAUCUUUCCCGGGUUAUACAAGUCUCAACCGCAUGCAGUCGAUAGUUUUCCCGACAGCCUACGGCUCCAAUGAGAAUAUGCUCGUCUGUGCCCCGACCGGAGCAGGAAAAACAGAUGUAGCUAUGUUGACCGUUCUCCGUGUUCUGAGUCAGAACCGGACCAUCGCACACCACGGAUCGCGGAUUGCUCCCUCAAUCGACAAAAAUAGCUUUAAGAUAAUAUAUGUUGCGCCUAUGAAGGCACUCGCCUCUGAAAUAGUUCGCAAGCUUGGCAAACGCCUUCAGUGGUUGGGGAUCCAAGUGCGAGAGCUUACUGGCGAUAUGCAACUAACAAGGAAAGAAAUUUCCGAAACACAAAUUAUCGUGACUACACCAGAGAAAUGGGACGUUGUCACUCGAAAACCGACAGGCGAAGGUGAACUUGCAUCCAAACUGAAACUCCUAAUUAUCGACGAAGUUCACCUUCUGAACGAUGAACGAGGUGCAGUGAUUGAAACCAUUGUCGCUCGGACCUUGAGACAGGUAGAGUCCACACAAUCCGUGAUCCGUAUCGUUGGUCUUAGCGCCACACUACCCAACUAUCGCGAUGUCUCCGAUUUCCUUUGCGUUCGUCCGCAAUCAGGUCUCUUCUUCUUUGAUUCUUCAUUCCGGCCUGUUCCCUUGGAGCAACAUUUCCUCGGGGUGCCAGGUAAACCGGGAAGUCCUCAAUCCCGCAAGAACUUGGAUCGGGCUGCCUAUCUGAAAGUUUCGGAACUCGUUGAGCAAGGACACCAAGUGAUGGUUUUUGUCCAUUCUCGAAAAGACACCGUAAAAACCGCAACGGACAUGAAGGAGACAGCUACUAUUGAUGAUAAACUUGACCUAUAUAGCUGUGAGGACCAUCCUCAGUGGGCACUGUUCAGAAGGAGCAUCGGAGAAUCACGUAACAAGGAAAUGAAACAGCUGUUUGACCACGGUUUUGGUAUACACCAUGCAGGUAUGCUUCGCUCGGAUCGAAAUUUGAUGGAGCGUAUGUUUGAAGCCCGUGCCAUCAAGGUCCUGUGCUGCACUGCUACUCUUGCCUGGGGUGUUAACCUCCCCGCGCACGCUGUUGUCAUCAAAGGAACUCAGAUUUACGACAGCUCCAAGGGAUCGUUUUCAGACCUAUCAGUCCUUGACGUUCUGCAGGUCUUUGGUCGCGCUGGUCGGCCGGGCCUCGAGACAAGUGGGGAGGGCUAUAUUUGCACAACAAUUGACAAGCUGGACUAUUACGUCCAGGCUGUCACCUCUCAGCAUCCCAUUGAAUCUCAGUUCACAUCAGGUAUGACCGACUCUUUGAACGCCGAGAUUUCUUUGGGUACCGUGGCCAAUGCGGACGAGGCAGUACGUUGGCUAGGAUAUACUUAUAUGCUUGUCCGUAUGAAGAAGAAUCCUCUGCAGUACGGGAUGGGCUGGGAAGAGCCAGCUGAGGAUCCUGACCUUGGAAAGAGGCGACUGCAUCUCGUCGAAGUUCACGCUAAAAGGCUCCAAGCUGCAGGAAUGAUCCACAUUGCUAACGGCCACGACUACGUGAUCUUAGAUCACAAGUUCAAGUCCGCCAUGACUGAGGCGGAUGUUUUCGGUCUCCUCAGCAAGUGUUCGGAGUUUGAACAAAUCCAGCUCAGAGAAUCCGAAGGUAAAGAGCUGAAGCGUCUGCAAGACAUUGUUCCAUGUGACGUUGAAGGCGACGGUGUCAAUACCAAGGACGCAAAAGUGAACAUUUUACUACAAAGCUUCAUCUCAAGGCUGCAAAUCGAGGAUUUCGCCUUGAUCUCAGACAUGGCUUUCGUAGCUCAGAACGGCGGUCGUAUUUGCAGGGCUCUGCUGGAGCUAGCCCUUAGCGCGAAAUGGGCCAACGUAGCAGCGGUCCUCAUAGGGCUCUGUAAGGCUUUCGAAAAGCAAAUGUGGCCAUACGAGCAUCCUCUAAGACAGUUCGAUCUCAAGGCCGAUAUCUUAUACAAUCUCGAGCGAUAUGACAAGGAGGAGCGUUAUCCUACCGAGCUCGCGCUUAUGUCCGCCGCGGAAUUAGGAGAGCUUGUCAGGCUCAACGAGCGCCACGGUGAAGCCCUUUUGAACGCAGCUAAGCAAUUCCCUUCUCUGCAGAUGUCCUGUCUUGUCCGGCCCAUCAGCUCCGACGUUCUCCGACUUGUUGUGGCCGUCACACGCUCGUUUGAGUGGACCCCUCGUUUGCACAAUCCUAUAGAGCCUUUCUGGCUAUGGGUUGAGGACAGCAGCGGUACUCACAUUCUACAAUCAACAUACCUCACGUUUAGAGAAAAUACUCGUGCCCAACGUGUCAAUUUCAUCAUCCCGGCCCCCGAAAGUACUGUUGACUCCUUUGUUACUUUACGUAUAUUCUCGGACCGCUGGUUAAGCUCGGAAGAUGAAUCCUCUGUCGACUUGAGUUGUAUCCAUCUACCAACUGAAUCUCAGGUUUACACUCCUCGCCUCAAUUUGCCAUUCCUGACUCCCUCAAUCAUCGAGGAGAAGUUAUCUAAAACCAUGGUUUCUCGGAAUAUACGGGAAUUCAAUGCUAUUCAGACACAGGUUUUCUGGAGUUUAAUGCACACACAGAUGAAUGCGCUGGUCGCUGGUCCUUCAACCUGUGGCAAGUCCUUCAUGGGUAAUCUGUUGAUCACCACUCUAAUGCACUCAGCACCGAAGUCAUGGGUCCUGCUUGUAUCCCCUAAGAAGAGUACUACUGCAGACUCUAUCUCAGGGUUGUACAGCAUAGCGAAGGCUGCGGAUAUAAAUGUGGAGCAGCCACAAGGGCACGCUCUCUUUGAAGCACCAAAGUCCAAGGUCAUACGCGUUGCGCUUGCAACCGCUGUCCUAGAGAAUGUGAUGGCUGUAAUUCACGAGAUCUCCCAUCCGCCAACCCUUGUACUUUGUGAAGAUCUGGAUCAGCUGGAUUCAUCAUACGAGCUGGCUGUAUCCCUCUUGCGCAACUGUCUACGCUCCUCUCCUACUAGGUUUGUCGGAUUCUCAAGGUCUCUUAGCGACCCCUCAGACGUGGCCGCCUGGUUAGGUGUCGAUCCCUUGGGACUACACAGUUUCCGGGCAAACGACCGUGAACAAGAGCUAAAAACUACGACCCAUACAUCUUCCAUACCCUAUUCGGGGGCGUUGUUCAAGACCAUGGUGAAGCCGGUGUUUGCUGCGAUACAAGGCUCCACACCCGCUAUCGUCUUCGUGCCCUCUAAAGGUCAUUGUCGAUCAUCAGCGCAAGACCUGAUUGCCCAAUGUACCAUCAACCUCUUUGUGGAGACGGCCUUCCUUCCAGACUCCGUAUCACCGCAUUUUCUCGAAGACCAUCUAGCUCGCCUUCGGGAUGGGUCACUCGUUGACUUCGUUUCUCGAGGCGUUGGCAUCAUCCACAGUGGUAUUCUCAAAAACGACCGGCGGAUCAUGCUUGAGCUCUAUGCAGAAGGCAUAGUUCGUGUGUUGGUCGUCCACCAUGAGUGGUGCUGGCAGCUGCCUGUGCGCGCCACGACAGUUGUGGUGAUGGGCACACAAUACAUUCACUUCGACGACCAAGGUUCGGAACGUCAGCUUCGCGACUAUGACCUGGUCACGCUUGCGCAGAUGCAGAGCAAGGCCAUCCAACAGUCUGGCACAGGGUUCUUCCACCUGUUCUGCUCCGCUGAGGACCGCGACACGUUCACGCGUUUCUUGAAUGUCGGCUUACCACUCGAAUCACAAUUGCUUGAAUCAUCCGAGUUGAGGAUGCUCUCUGGUUCCCUAAAACAUUGCAGCAAGCAGGACAAGGUCGAUGUCCUUUCGCACACGUACCUCGCACGACGCAUUAUAAGCAAUCCAACCUUUUACGACAUGCCUCGGAACAUCCCAGACGAACUGCUGUCUCGAAUAGUGGAUAAAUUGGAUCAAUAA